AGACAAUUAUCAUCGGAAUUGUCCAGUGGAUUAUAUGGAAUAAUUAUCCCAGCUCUCGGUCACGUUACUGCAUUUUGUGAAAUGGAAGUUGAUGGAGGGGGCUGGACGGUUUUUCAGCGUCGAAUAGACGGAUCUGAAGAUUUUUACAGAACUUGGGAGGAAUACAAAAACGGAUUCGGAAACUUAACAGCGGAAUUUUGGUUUGGCAAUGAGAAGCUGUAUCACUUACUGAGUCAGGGUCCAUACGAGCUACGGAUGGACAUGAGUGAUUUCGAUGAUCAGACACGCUUUGUGAGAUACAGCAAUAUCUCUCUUGGAAAUGAAACAUCAAAAUAUCAAAUAUCUUUAUCUGGGUUUUCAGGAAACAUAGGUGAUUGCUUUACUGGAACUGGAAAUCCAAUAGAUAAUAUGAAGUUUUCGACGCUGGAUCAAGAUAAUGAUAAUAAAACUCUCGGUAUCUGUGCAGUGUCGUUCACUUCCGGUUGGUGGCAUAACAGAUGCCAUUGUGCAAACCCUAAUGGUCUUUACUUGGCGGGAAACACGACCAUAUUUGCUAAGGGUAUCACGUACGCCCCCUGGCGGACGCAUUACUACUCAAUGAAGACAGUACAGAUGAUGGUUAGAAGCCUGGUGUAAAAAUUU